AUGGCUGGAAUUGGAUUUUUUGAGAGUGGGAUUGAAGUUGGUAAAGAUCAUGUUUGUAAGGAAAUAAAAGUUGAGAACCCAGUUGGAGGUGAGUUUGGAAUGUUGGGGAGUUUCGGUUGUUUGAUUGAGGAAGAGAUGGAGAGGGGUGUUAUUGGGAAUGAUGUGAAGAGUGGUGAAGUAGUGAGUGUUGAUAGGGAUGUUGCCAGGAGUGGUGGUGUACGGAGCAUUGACGGGAGUGGUUUGAAGGGUAGGGAAAUAGAGAGUGAUGAAGAUGAGAGUGAUAGUGAAUCGGAUUCUGAGAGUGCGAGUUCGUCUUCAUCUUUGUCAUCAUCGACCACAUCUUCUAGCAGUGAAGAUGAUGAUGCCGAUGAAGAGGAGGAGGAGGAGGAAGGAGAAGAAGAAAAGAAGAGGAAGGGAAGGGAGAGGUGA